AUGGGUGCUACAGGCCACCACACGGAUGCUACAAGCCUGGUCAUGGGUGCUACAGGCCACCACAUGGGUGCUACAAGCCUGGACAAGGGUGGUACAAGCCUGGUCAUGGGUGCUACAGGCCACCACAUGGGUGCUACAAGCCUGGACAAGGGUGGUACAAGCCUGGUCAUGGGUGCUACAGGCCACCACAUGGGUGCUACAAGCCUGGACAAGGGUGGUACAAGCCUGGUCAUGGGUGCUACAGGCCACCACAUGGGUGCUACAAGCCUGGACAAGGGUGGUACAAGCCUGGUCAUGGGUGCUACAGGCCACCACAUGGGUGCUACAAGCCUGGACAAGGGUGGGGGGGUGGGUUCUGCCUCUCACCGGGCUCCCGGGCGGGUUGCAGGUAUUUUCCAGUGCUCCAAGAAGCUGUUCCUGAGCGAGAGGACGGGCCGGGGCCGGACCCUGGAGUUCAUCCGGAAAAACGCCGCCAACGGGCUCUCGGUGGCCAACCUGGUGGCCGGGCUCUCCUCCGUCCUCUGCAGCCUCAACAGGCAAUACCACCACUCCUGCUGGCUGCUGCUGCUGGGCUUUCUGCUCGAUCUGGCCGACGGAGCGGUGGCCCGACGGCUCGACGCCUGCUCGGCGCUGGGUGCCAAACUGGAUGAUUUCGCCGAUUUCACCACCUUCGGGCUGGCCACGGCGCUGCUGCUGCAGCCGCAGGGCGCGCUGGACGGGCUGCUGGCCAUCGCCUACGUGAUGGCCGUGUUCGCUCGCCUCUGCUUCUUCUCCAGUGCUGGGAUCCCCUUCACCUACCGGGGGCUGCCCUGUCCCUACGCCUCCUCGCUGCUGGUGAGCACCUUCCUGCUGACGGCGGGGAACGUCCCCCUGCUGCGCGUCAUCGCCAUCGUCAUGGUCCUCUUCAUGGUCGACCGGGGUCUCUACCCUCACGACAAGGUGCUGGAGUCCCAGCUCUGGAAGAAACUGGUUUACGCUGGAGGGGUGGUGGCCGUCCUCUUCUUGCCGGCGACGGUGGCUUCCGUCUAUUGCCUCGUCUGGUCGACGUCCUACAUCAUCUUCCCCUUCGCUGUCUGGAGCUGUGCAGACUAAACCUUUCCUUUGCCUAAUGCCC